CAGACGGGAGGCUUCUCUGUUAAACUCCAGCCGGCCCGAGGAGCGACAUCCCCGGGGAAGAUGCGCGGCCAGAGUCCGGACGGAGCCGAAGAGAAAAAGUUUCCCUUCACGUGUUUGCUUUGAACCUGGAGCGGACAGGUGUCUUCUUCUUUUUCUUUGGAUUUACAUAUCGACCGACUCGCGGAUUGUUUUUUAGCCCCGCCGGAGACAUGUUGUGGUCACGGUGGCUCGUCCUGCUGCUGUGCUGGUGGGGGACUUCCGCCGCCGAAGGCAACACGGGAAGCGGUCAGAAUCCGCUGCCGAAGCAGGGCGAGUCGAGGGCUGACCCUAACUGGCAGCGCUCGCCGCCGCCGGUGGAGCAGCUGAGCUUCGGCUUCGUCCCGGCGGCGGUCUACGACACCCACGCCUACUACGAGCCCGGGGCCAUCGGGAUACUCUUCCACAUGGUCCACGCUUUUCUCAACUUGGUCCAGCCCAACUCCUUCCCCAAAGAUCUGAUUGUCAAAGUCAUUCAGCAAAAUAUGGGCGGGAUCAAACUUGACGAAUGGAGAAAGCCGGACAACGUGGUCCUCCUUCUCGAGGGGGUUUACUACGAGUUGGGCUUCCUGGUGUGCGCCACCAUCGGCGUUUUGUUCGUGGUGCUGGUCCCCGUCUUGGGCGCCUUUUUCUGCAUCUGUCGCUGCUGCGAGAAUUGCGGCGGGGAGAUGCACCAGAGGCAGAGAAAGAACGCCGACUGUCGGCGAGGCUUCUUCACCGCCACGCUCGUCGCCACCACAAUCUUCAUCGUUUUGGGCGUAAUAAUAGCUCACGCCGCCAACCACAACAUGAGCUCCCACAUCAAGAGCACGCGGCGCUUCAUCAACACCAACAUCCGAGACUUGAAGACGUUCGCCAACAACACGCCCGCCCAAAUCGAAUACAUGACGGCGCAGUACGUGACGGCCAAGAAUAAAGUCCUCUCCGAAUUGGACAACAUUGGACCUUUGCUGGGCGGGAGGAUCUACAGUCAGCUGGAAAAGGAGGUGGUUCCCUCGCUGGACACGGCCUUGCGGAUGGCGGGAGCAAAAGUUGAGAAUGCAAUCAAAGCCAUGCGCGAGACCAAGGAGGCCCUGGAAAACGUCAGUUCCUCGCUGCAGGUCCUUCAAGAAGGCUCGGACAGACUCAAGGACGGUCUGUCCGCCGAGCGAGCGUCGCUGUCCAACACCUUGUCGGACCCGGCGUGCACCAACGGCGCCGUGUCGCCCAGUUGCAACGCCAUCCGCUCCACGCUCUUCCAGCUGGGCGUCAACGCCGACUUUUCAAAGUUACCAGAUGUGGAGAACGCCUUGGAGAACGUCCACACGGUUCUGAAGACGGACCUCAGCAAUAUUAUACAGAAGGGCUAUUCGUCCUUCAACGACACACCCAAGUUGGUUAAAGAGCAGACCAAAAAUAUUGUAGCAGCAUUACCUCGGGUGAAAGGAAUGUUGGACAAAAUCGGCUCGGAGAUCAACGCCUUUGCCAAGAUGUUUCCGGUGGAGGCGUCGCUGGCCAAUUUCACUGUCUUCCUCAACCAGGGCCAGAAAAACAUCGAGUCCUACUACGCGCAGAUCGACCAGAUGGACUUUUACAGGUGGAUCGGCUGCGUGGCGGUUCUUUGCAUGGUGGUCCUCAUCCUGUCCUUCAACAUCCUGGGCCUGCUGUGCGGGACUUGCGGCUACGACAAACAGGCCACGCCCACCACCCGCGGCUGCCUGUCCAACACCGGAGGGAAUCUGCUGAUGGCCGGGGUGGGCUUUUCUUUCAUCUUCGCGUGGCUGUUGAUGGGCAUGGUCACCACUCUGUUUGUCGCCGGCGGCAACGUGGAGAAGUUGCUGUGCGAGCCGCUGGCCAACCGCCAGCUCUUUCAGAUCAUCGACACGCCUUUCUUGGUCCACCCGGCCAAGAAGAACUUCCUUCCCGGGAUGCUGUUUCAGAACCCAAACAUUGACUUGACGCUGGGAAGCAUGUACAGGGAAUGCCACGACAACAACGGCCUUUAUCACGCUCUGCAGCUGGAGACCAUGUUCAACAUCAACUCCUUCCUCAACAGAACCGUGUACAACAAAGACUUGGCCAAAGUCUUGGAGAGCGUUCAGGUGGAUCUGCAGGACAUCACCUUGCUGGAGCAGGCAGGCAGAGACAACCUCAUUAACUUUGCCAACGCGGGGAUCGGAAUCAUCGACUACGAAGCGUACCUAGCGGAGGUCAACAAGGGAAUCACACUUGUGGACCUUUUGACCUUUGCUGCUGAUCUGGAAGGACAAGCUGACCAGUUGCCACGCGGCGCUUUGGAAAAUGCGCUGAAAGGUCACGCCAGCAGCAUUCGACAGAUUCACAGAGAACUGGUAGUCCCCAUGGAGCAAGCCAUGAAAUACGUCCGUGCCAGGAGCACCAUGAGUCAAAGUGUGAAGCAGCUGCAGAAAACCUCCGGUGACCUGCCGGUCAAGGUGACCAACAUCCUGAGCGCCAUCGACGCGGCCGAGUACCUGAUCAGCAACAACGCCUCGCAUGUGGUCAAGCAAGAAAGCAAAAAGUAUGUCCAAAGUCUGAUCGGAUACUUCAGACAGUACACAAACUGGGUUCACAACUCUCUGACUGCAGAAGUGGCUCAGUGUAAACCGAUCAGCAACAUUGUGGACAGCAUGGAGAUUGUCGCGUGCAGUUUUAUUACGGACUCAGUGAAUACAUUCUGGUUUGGACUUGGACUGAGCAGCAUCCUGCUUCUUCCCAGUAUCAUCAUCUCUAUCAAACUGGCCAAAUACUACCGAAGGAUGGACACGGAAGACGUUUUUGAAGAUAGCUCCCCCUAUAGCGACGCCAUGAUGCCAUUCCCUCGAGCCUCGGCUCCACCCGUCUGCGACGACCGCUGAGCUCUCACCUACAUGGAGUGGACAAGAAAAUUGGAACUGAAGCGUACGUCAUCUUAAAUGCUCCUUCCGUUCCGUCCAAUCAAUCCGGCUCCUCCCGGUUCAAACGGAUUGGACGUCUAUCGUCGUCACGUACUGAAACGUCAUCAAAUGUCAAUGAACAGGGACACAACAUGUACAUUUUUUAUAUAUUUUUUGUUAAUGUUGUUUUUUUUCUAAUACUUAGAUUUUUUUUCCCCCUGAAGUAGAAUUGUUUUCUUGUUUAAGCCUAGAGAAAGAAUAGGGGUUAUUCAACGUUAGCAUGGUUUAUUGUAUUGCAUCGCAGCUGUGACUGAUGAUGAAAGACAACUAAACUUUUCCCAAAAAAAAAAAGGAUGUGUGUGUCUAAAAAUGUCCACUUUUUGACCAAAUAAAGUAUUUGAAAUCAUCCCAAUCUAUGUCAAUGAAAUGAGUUUACUACAGGGGAAAUGCCAUCCCAACAAAACAUUGUUUUGUAUCCACACGCACACACAUACAGUAUAUAAAUAUGUAUACUGUGUAUGCUCCACACCAGUGGCGGAUCUAGGAUGUUUCUUAAACAGGGCCAAGAAGAAAAUAAUUAACAGGGGCCAUCUUUGUUCAGUGUUUGUUUUGGUCAACAAGGCAAUACGCAGAUGAUCCUGCAUGUGGCGGUAAAAACAUCUUUAUCAAAGAUGAACCAGUGUAGUUCACUGCUGUAAAGCCCCCCCAAUCACAGGCAAAUUCAUACCAAAAAAAUGAUGUCAAUCGUUUGUGCUUGUUUGUGCAGUAAAUAGUUUUGUUUGUACAGCUAUCGUUUUUUAAGAUAUUUACAAUUUUUUUGGAGGUCAA